AUGUCCUUAGAAACUCAACGACGAUUAAUAUUAUCUGAAUGGCGAAUAGUUUUAGUGAGUCAAACAUCAUAUCCUCUUAUGUAUAGAAUUGCACGAGCACCACAAUCUGAAGAAGAAUUACAAUGGUUUUCAGCAAAAUAUGCUAUAGUUAAAAUUCCAUUAGGUAAUCGAGUUAUUACCAAAUGGCAAGAGCAAGUACGUCCAAUAGAGGAUGGCAAUGAUCAAUGGUAUGUCGUUCGUGAAUGGACUGAAGCAGAAAUGAGUCGUGAUUAUAGCAAAGCCAAAGACAAUACAGAGAGGGAAACUACUGCAACUUGUGUGAAAGAUCGUACUCAAAUUCAACGAAUUCUUUCACAAGUUGGUUUAAAUCCACGUGAUUUUAUCUUCAGUCCAUCACCAGAAGAUAACUCAUCACAAGAACCACCAUCAAACCAUACAUCAGCUUUUUCUACUUAUCCUUCACAAGAAACACAGGACAAUCAGUACCGCUUACGACCUCAAUCACAAUCGUUCUUAUCGUCAGGUCGACCACUUUCAUACGUACAACAACCUCCACCUCCGCCACCACCACAACCUCCCACAAAUCAAUUACCUCCAGUCGCAAAAGAACAAUUUCCUUCAACAUCACAAACAUCGAAUAAACAACAGCUAGGUCCACCACCACCACCACCACCAUCUCAAAUAUUCACAUCACUUUUCAACCGCGGUACAUCUGAUACACAAAAUACAACUUCACAAGCGCCAGACGACAUGAAUCAUCACGCUUUUUCACCACGACGAUUACCUCCUUCACCACCUCCACACUUUAGUUCGCAUCCUUGUGACUCGAACUUAACAGCCGAACAUUAUUUACGUGAAAUUAAUUCACAAGAAUGUCCACCUGUUAAAGUUGUUAAACCAAAUAAACAAAAUGUUGUCUAUAAAAAAGAAAUUCGUAUUCGUUAUUUACAACCACCAACACCACCACCACCCGCACCAAUUGUUAUCCGUGAAAAACGUAUACCACCUGCUCCACCUCAAUCUCCACUUCUUAUUCGUGAACGAAAACCAGAGGCACGUACACCACCACCAUUAACUAUUCGUGAACGUCCACCAACACCACCUCCGCCACUUGAACCUUGUAUUAUUGAUAAAAAUAUACCACCACCACCACCUCAACCACGUCAAAUUAUUAUUGAGCGUUUACCAACUCCACCACCAAAACCUCGUACAGUUAUAUUUGAAAAAUGGUUACCAUAUAAAAAAGUAAAACGUCCUGUUUUAUUACAAAAGGCUCCACCACCUGAACCUAUUAAACCAACACGUAAUGUUAUUAUUGAAUAUGAACCAUUGAAAGCUUAUACAGUUCGACGUGUUAUCGAAGAAGGUGUAUUUCGUGUUGAUCCACAUGAAUAUACAAGUCAUAAUGCACGAUCGCAUAAUGGUUGUGGUGAUGUACGUAUUGUUGAACGUAUUGAAGAUUUACCACCACCAAGUGAACAUUUAAGACGUGUUUUAAAUGAAUGUGGUCCUUCAAAUUCAUCACAUCAUAUACAUAGUCAUGAUCAUCAUUCUCAUCAUAAUCCAUCUGAACAUAUUCCAUCAUCUGUUCAACAUAUAUUAUCUGGUGGACGAUCAACGUCAAAUAUGGAUCAUUUAACAAAUAUAUCUCGUUCAUCAAGUAUACCAGCUAACAGACAAGAACGUGUUUUAUCAACAGGUUGUGAUUCAUCAAUUGCAAGUCCAACUAUUGUACCACUUCAGCGUUCAAGUUCAAAACAUUCUCAACAUCGAUUACAACAAAAAUAUGCAUCUCAUGAUAGCCCUAUGGAAUCUCAAAUUAAUGACGUUUAUUAA